AAAAGCAGAGCUCACCCUCGAAGAGAGCAACAGGUAACCCAGGUGAAGCCUCCUACUCACCGCUCAGAGCGCUGCGCUGCAGAUAGUCAUGGCUCCAAGACCAGAAGCGGGGACGGAUACCUCCCCCACUCUCGAUGACAAGACCCCAAAUAAAGAUGCAGCCAUCCUGCCAUCUUACUCCACCAUGGACCUGGUGAAUGAGGACCCAGAUCCAUGGGAUCUCCCGGAGCUCAAAGACACUGGAGUCAAGUGGUCAGAUCUUGAUACAAAGGGAAAGAUUAUGAGAGUACUGACUGCUGUUGUGAAGCUCGUUCUGCUGCUUGGAUUCCUCUACCUAUUCAUCUGCUCGCUGGAUAUUCUCAGCUCUGCUUUCCAGCUAGUCGGAGGUAAAGCUGCUGGUGACAUCUUCCAGGACAAUGCUGUGUUGUCCAACCCUGUGGCUGGGCUGGUGAUCGGGGUGUUAGUCACAGUGCUGGUGCAGAGCUCCAGCACCUCCUCCUCCAUUGUGGUCAGCAUGGUGUCCUCUGGAUUGCUGGAUGUCAAGUCCGCAGUACCAAUCAUCAUGGGAGCCAACAUCGGAACGUCUGUCACUAACACUAUUGUGGCUAUGAUGCAGGCAGGAGACCGAAAUGAGUUUCGCAGGGCAUUUGCUGGCGCUACGGUCCAUGACUUCUUUAACUGGCUGUCUGUGCUGAUUCUUCUGCCUCUGGAAGUAGCCACAGGUGUUCUGUACAAACUCACCCACCUCUUAAUCGAAUCCUUCAACAUCCAGACUGGCGAGGAUGCCCCCGACCUCCUCAAUGUCAUCACGGACCCUCUUACCGAUUCCAUUAUUGAGCUGGACAAAUCUGUGAUCACUGGCAUUGCCACUGGUGAUCCAGCAGCCAAAAACAUGAGUCUGAUCAAAAUAUGGUGCAAAAAAAAGACCUACACGUACUUAAAAAAUGUAACAACGGAUAACUGUACUGUUGGAGCACUGUGCUGGGAGGAAGGAAACCAGACCUGGACGCAAGUGAAUGCAACUUGGACCGAUUACCAACAGAAAUGCAAACACCUCUUUGUCAAUGCUAAUUUGCCAGACCUGGCAGUGGGCCUCAUUCUCCUGGCUCUGUCUUUGCUUGUCCUCUGCACCUGCCUCAUCCUCAUCGUCAAGCUGCUCAACUCCAUGCUGAAGGGGCAGGUGGCUGUGGUCAUCAAGAAGGUGCUCAACACAGACUUCCCUUUCCCCUUUGCUUGGGUUACUGGCUACAUUGCAAUUUUGGUGGGAGCGGGGAUGACCUUCAUUGUUCAGAGCAGUUCUGUCUUCACUUCAGCUAUAACUCCUCUUGUUGGCAUUGGUGUCAUUAGCCUUGAGAGAGCCUAUCCAUUGACACUGGGGUCAAAUAUUGGUACAACAACCACUGCUAUACUUGCUGCUAUGGCUAGCCCUGGAGAAACACUGGGCAACUCUCUGCAGAUUGCACUUUGCCAUUUCUUCUUCAACAUCAUGGGUAUCAUUCUGUGGUAUCCAGUCCCCUUCAUGCGGGUGCCCAUCAGGUUGGCCAGAGGGCUGGGGAACCAUACUGCCAAAUACCGCUGGUUUGCCGCCCUCUACCUUGUCCUGUGCUUCUUAGUUCUCCCUCUGACAGUAUUCGGGCUGUCGUUGGCUGGCUGGAAAGUCCUGGUUGGUGUUGGUGUGCCCGUUGUUGUGUUGAUUAUCUUUGUGAUCAUUGUCAAUCUGAUGCAGUCUCGCUGCCCCCGUUUUCUGCCCAAAGUGCUCCGCAGCUGGGACUUUUUGCCUCGGCCCCUGCACUCUAUGGCACCCUGGGACACUGUGGUGACCUCGGCCAUGGGCUUCUGUGGCAAGCACUGCUGCUGCUGUUGCAAAUGCUGUAACUGCUGCAAAAAAGAUGAGGAGGAAAAGAUAAGGAGGAACAGCAGGAAGAGUCUGGAGAUGUAUGAUAAUCCAGCCAUGUCUGGAGAUGAAAGUCCCAAGCAGGCUGUUAAGACUUCUACAUACUUCUAAUUCUAUCAAGUUAAAUUUGUAUCUGAAAGCGAUACUAUAUGCAAUAAUGUAUUUGAAAUACACUUGUUCAUCACUUCUCAGGUUGCGUUAUAUUGGUGAGUCCCAUUUGUUGGAAGAUGUACUUAGAACGCCAGUAAAUACUGUCUAUCAAAAUAAUGCGAAUAUGAGCAGAAGUGUUGGUCAUAUUAUUUUAAACCUGCUGUUUUUGGACAUGUGAUGUGUUUUUCAUGGUUUUCUCAGUUUGUUGUUCAGACUCACAAUUUAAUAUGACUUAACUAUGGGUGGUUCCGAAUUUAUUUUUAUAUUUUUAUGAUAUGUGUAAGAGGUCUUUGGUUUUAUUUUCAACUCUGAACAUUUAAAUUUCAAAUGUUUAAUGUAGCAUUUAAAAUGUUUGUU